GCGGCUUCUUUCAUGUCUGAAGUGAAGCAAGCACAGACAUUUCUAUCCGGUGGUACGUAGAUCCUGAGAAGACUUGGUUUAUGUAAGCAGCACGCCAAGAAGGCUUUUCCUCAGGUUACGUCGUGCUUCAGAUCAUCUACUUCUAGAAAGCCUUGUAACACCUUUUCUACCAGCUCUAUCCUGUAACCUAAAGCCUUCAAAAUGAUGCAGAUCAGCAGCGACUCAGCCAGCAACAAGCACUCUCUCAUCAACGUCAUGCACCGCUUCAUAGCAGCCGCCAACAACAUGGACGAGACCAUCAUGGUGCCGAGCCUACUGCGAGACGUGCCUCUGGAGGAUCAAGUGAAUGCAGCCCAGGUGGAGCCCAACAACAACCACGAACCGCCUUGUUCCAACAAGCAGAGGGACAUGUACGAGCACUACCUGCUCCUCAAGUCCAUCAAAAACGACAUGGAGUGGGGUCUGCUGAAGAGGGAGAUGAGCAGCGGCACAAGCUUCCUGGAGAUGGCGGUGAAGCAGGAGGAGCAGCAGCCAGUCACUGGGAGCCUGUCCGUCGACGACCACUCUGACCUGGAGCAUCAGUUUCACUAUCACCUCAGGGGACUGUUCGGUGUUCUGUCAAAGCUCACGCUACAGGCCGACCACCUCACCAACAGAUACAAGAGGGAAAUCGGAGGGGGAAACUUCAUGAGAUAAAAGCCACGACCAGCUCGUCUUCCUUUGACCUUGUUCCUGUCCUUUCCCUGCUUGACUUGCACAUGGGAUGUGUUGAGAAGGGCCCAAACAUUUCUAACAGUUCUCAAACUGACCAGGGAAACCACUUUGACUUCUCUCACUCCUGUAGCGACACUCCGACUCUCCCCUUGAACUUACCUGAAGCCAGUGACGCCUGCACAGGUCCCUCUGUCAGAGCAGAGGUCGACUCCUUGUGCCCGGUGGAGGUUUAUUAAAUCUGUUCCCAUGUCCAGAUGAAGCACAGCUCUGGUUUAUGCAGAAACGUGUCCUCCCCUUUUGAUUUGGUCCACUAUUUCCAAGUUGAAGCUAAAUUUUUCACCAGGUUUUGAAUAAAAGGUUUCUGACUGUAGGAGAAAUUGAAUGCUGGUUAUUCUGUCCCUCCUGUACAUCUUAUUUUAAAGCUGAGCUGAAGGGCUCUCAACCUGUUGAGGUUUUAAAUAUUUCCACUCAGUCUUACUGUAACAUGGCGUGCCUUGACUUUUAUAUUCCCUCAUGCCCUGUUCAGUUACUCUGCCCAGCGUCUGACUGCUUUCUUCAAGGUGUUCAUAAUGAAAUGAUGCAUUUCUUUGUCCAUGGGUAUUUCAAAAGACAAUUUUAUAUUAAAUCAAAUAAAUAAUUUGACUCUU